AUAUUUGUAAAGGUAAUGUAUUUUCUUAGUAAAUGACUUGAGCCGCAACUCAUCACAUUUCCCGGAUCAUUUGCAGUAGCAAAACUCUAGGGGAAAACAUGGCCGAGACGUUUAUUGGUCGAAUCCUGUGGCUUUCUUUUCUUGUGGCUGUUUGCCUCAUAACUUACUACACGUGGAGUUGUGAAGCCAAAAAGGACUGCAUGAUCGAUAGUGAGAUAGGUUGGUACGACAUCGAUAAUGUUUACACUUGCGAAGAAAAUCAAAGAUGUUGCAAAGAGUAUGGAAACCCCUCUUGUUGUGCCGAGAAGAACAAAUGGUUGAUCGUGAAGGACCAACUGAUACUGUGGGGUGGCCUUUUUGGAUUUUUAUCUUUUCUGGGAUUGGUCGUAUACUGCCGCCGACACGAUUUCUACGUACUAGAAGGCAGUAACCCUUGCGCUCGAUGCUUGGGCAUCAAACCGAAGGAAUUGAUUGAAGAAGGAGAAGACGAAGAAAAACCAAUUAGAACCUGAAAGAACCGAUUUUCAUUUUUGAAAUGUAAACCGAAGAUUUUAAUUGGUAAUUUUAGAUAUAUCUUCCACAACAAGAAAAACGCUACCACCAUUGAUGUUUUAAAUCCUUUCAUUUCAUGUAUUGUUUAUUCAAGUAUUGAUUUCAUGUGUUUAAAGAUUACAUAGAUUCUAAAAAAUUACCUUCAUAUUAUUGACAUUAUAAGUCAAGAAAACAUUACCUUCAUAUAGGUUCUUUUCAAUGUAAAUUAUGAUUAAUUAAUAUUAUUUGUUCGUAAACAUCACCAAUUUAACAACAAAUUUGUGACACAUGCAGAAAAUACAUUUUGAUCGAAAGGAAAAUUUCAUCUUUUCUAAGCAGUGAAACCAAUUUAGAUUUGCGAUUAACAGCGAUGAUUCUAGUUACCCAUUUAUUUCUGACAGAUAUUUGUGUCGAUUUAUAUAACUAAAAUUUUUUCGUUUUCUAAUUUAUAAUUUAAAUACCAGCUCAUGGGUCUUCAAAAUUUUCUGAAUUAUAUUUUCUUACCUGUUUAUCCUAUAAACAGAUUUAUGUUAAUAAUAAUUAUGUUAAUAAUUAGAAAUCAUUCUAGAAAAUGGAGUCAUUGGUGGUAGCAAUAAAUGAUAAAAAGAUGUGUGCUUUUAAUGUGAUAUUCUGAAAUCAUGUAGCUUGUGAAUAGAAUUAGUUAAUGAAAA